AUGGCGGGGAAACAAGGCCCCGACUGCUGCUGCGGCCUCCUCAAACUCCUCUUUGAAAUCAUCCUCGCGGUCCUCAUCUCCAUCGGCAUCGCCGCCCUCAUCUUCUGGCUCAUCUUCCGCCCCGUCAACCUGGUCAAGUUCCAUGUAACCGAGGCCGAGCUGACCCGGUUCAAUCUCACCACCAACAAAUCCGUCCUCAACUACAACCUCAAGCUCAACCUCACUAUCCGGAACCCCAACAAGAAAAUCGGCGUGUACUACGACCGUCUUGAGGCGAGGGCCUUCUACGAUGACCAGAGGCUCAGCGUCGCCGACGUGGCUCCUUUCUAUCAGGGCCACAAGAAUACAAGCGUGGUUAGUCCGGCGUUCGCAGGCCAGAAAGUGGUGGGGUCGGAGCUCUCCAGUUUCAACAAGGAAAAGGCCGCCGGUGUUUUCGAUAUCAAGGUGAAGCUGUAUUUGAGAGUGAGGUUCAAACUAGGGUCAUUGAAGACUUUCAGGUUCAAGCCCAAAGUUAAGUGUGACCUGAAUGUUCCGUCGAGCUCCAAGAAUGGCGGAUCCUCUGCUAAUUUUCAGACUACCAAGUGCGACAUCGAUUGGAAUAUCUUCUAA